AUGGAAGAAUCAAUAAGUGGAUUUCUAAUACUGCUACUUAUGAGUGCCUUGGAUAUAUGUUAUUUGAAGUACUUUGAGAUGAACAAUCCACUGCCAACAGGAUUUGACUUAAUCAAUGCAAUGCAAAUUUCCAGUUUUCUCUAUACACUUCGCAAUCUUGAUGGAGAAAAGAACUUGGAAGAUAAUUCUACUAUUGUUUCUAUAGAUGGAAGCAUGUUUAUAAGAGGAACCUUCAAAGACUCUACCUUAGGAUCUGUUGUGGAUAUAGAUCUGCCAGUACAAGCCUGGAGUAUGGACACUGAAGACAUUUGGGAGGAAGAUAUAUCUGUUAAUGAUGGAGAUAUAGCAGAUGCACUAAAUUAUGUGUACUGGGGAUCUAGGUCUCAUGAAGCAUUACCUUUCUAUUAUGGAGAUAAUAAUAGUGGAAUUACAACUUUUACUACAGACUUCACAGUAUAG